AUGGAGAAUCCUCAUCAUCUCCUGGACCAGAGGAAAGAUCGGAGCUGGGAUCAUCGGAGACCACCUCCUAAAUCACGCAGCCCUGUCGUCGAGCGCCCGCGGCAGCAACCCGGCGCAGCCUCGCCACCUGGAGCCCACCAGCUGGUGCACAGCAGAGAAGAGCCGUCCAACCUCUCAGCUACACCUCUGGAGCCAGCCGCCCAAGACGUGAUCGACAUCACGGGCAGCGAUGAACCUGGCCCUGCGGGCGAGGAGGGAGCUGCUCGGAGCCCUCCAGAGCCUGGCGUGAAGCUGGAAAGUCAAGACUCACCGACGGCAUCACCGUGCAGUGCACCCGUGGACGGGUCUUCGCAACAAAGCGGUAUCCAGGCAGACAGCUCAAGGACAAGGCCGACGAGAGAGCAGCCGUCGAGCUUGGUGAGCAGGAAUUGCUGGCAUGGUGCAGCGCCAGCCGCCCCAAGAGUAAUCGAUGUUCCGGAUGACAGAAUCAGUCCAGCUGAGCCUUCUCCGCCUGAGCGUCGCUGUUGGAGCCCUUCGCGGCGGCCAGGAUUCAGGCCCUGUGGUGUUGAGCCCGCCGACUUGUCCCCGACAGACCUGAAGCCCGCGGUCUACCGGAGCAAUGUGCGUGGGACCUGGCUGCCUCGAAGCUGA